AUGAACGAUAAAAUAAUUCUCAUCACUUUCAUCAUCGUAACCGUUGUUGGAGUGAAUUCCACAACGGUGGCGGAAAACUCAUCCGAAGCAAACAUCACAAUGUGCCCUGUCUAUCCGGAAAUCAUAUGCGCACCCUCCACCUUGACGGACGUUCUUCUAUUCAUCUUGAGUUUAAUGGUGCUCAUUUGUUCCGCUCCGUACCUGUACUCCAAGUACCUAUCUUCCGACUGCAAGUUCCGCUUCACCAGGAUGUCCCGUAAGAAUAACAAUCAGAUAGUCGAUGAUAUAAGUGUCGAUCUAAAGUUCGGAGAAGAAGAAGGGAUCGAUAUGUUUGGAGCACCACCUGACCAGUACCACUGGAAAGGCAAGCAGCCUGUGUCGGCAUCUGGAGGAUUCCAGCAGCAGAAUCAGCUCCAACAACAGAAUCAGCUCCAGCAACAGACCCAACUUCAGCAACAAAGUCAGUUGCAACAACAAGAAAAUGCUGCUGUUGAAAACACCAACAGCAUUCUAACCGACUUGAAUAUCAAUAAUGAUCAACCAUUAAAAGCAUCACCCUACUGGAGUGAUGUUGAUACAAAUCUGGUUGUAGAAACUAAUGAUUCUAGUAGUGAAUGGCAGCGGCAAGAGCCAACACCGUCCAGUCUAGAAAUACAUGUGACGGGUCAGACGAUGGUCCCUGCUGAGGAUGAUGAUGGUUCUAAUGAAAGAGGUGAUGGAGCAGAUGAGGCAGAUGAAGGCCCUCAACCUAAUUAUCAACGUAUGGUUCCUGGGCAGCUUAGUGAUGAAGAAAUCUCCAAUUCCAAUUCGGAUGAGCGAAUGGUCACCGGACAGACUAGUGAAACCAGUGAAAGAGUAUAUUCACGCAGCGAUCUGCAAAAUAGCGUCAGACUCCGUGCCAGGUGGAACGAAACUAGUGUGGCGGCCAAUCAGCGCCUCUCCAGAGCGGCGCAUCCCGCGCUCGCCCGUGAUUGGCCGACACGAUCACACCCCGAGGGUAUAAGAGCAGCGCCCCCGGACUACCACGGCACUCGUGCUCAGUCCUCAAGUUCAGUCGCGCCAGCCACGCUGCUCCAGUCUUCACUCGCUCCAGACGCCAUCCAUCCUGUCUUUCAUCAUCUCUAAAACGGCCCUUUUCAGGGCCACCACAUCACUUGAGCACCCACACUAGUUCUCAAGAGCGCUUAGUCGCAGGUGAGAGUGCUGCUGGCAGUGAUAGUUUGGCCCGUAAUCAGUCUAUUAGCACUAUGAAUUCAAUGAAUUUACAGUCGAAUAAUUGUAGGUUAAUCCCUGGUCAGGGGAACAGCUGUAAUAUUCCAUCAAAUAUUGAAUUAGACUUCGCAUCAGAUACAAGAAGAUUCCUGGGCACAGAGAUGACACAGACCUGAGUACUUCUGGCCCUAGUAGUGUAGCUGUCUCAUGGUCAGGCUCUGAACAAAGGAUGGUUCCUGAGCAAGUCACUGCUGAUCAUAGUGAUAAUCGUAUGAGAUUGUCGAAUUCGUUGAAUGAUGUCUCGACAAAUGUCGAGACACCAAGGCCAGCUCUGGAUUCAGAAUCAGGUUUUGAGCGGACUACUCCUGCUGGAAGAAACACGGGUGAGGAGAACAGUAAUCCCUUACCUGGUUUUCGGAGAAUGGUUGUUGGGCAGAUGCAUCAGGACAGUCCUUCAUCAAUGUCUCAAGCAGAUCAUCCUCAACCCAACAAUGGUGUUAAUCUUGACUCCUUGGAAACCAAUGAACUUCCAGCCCCUGGUUUAGACAGAAUGGUUGUUGGUGAGAUCCGUGGUGAAAGCUCGCCAGGAUCUGCAGCCAAAGAAACGGACAAAACUACGGACGAAAGGAGUGACUGGGAUCGCAGAAGGGACGAUAGGGAAACAGUAAACGCCGAUGAUUCAGAGUCUGAAUAUCGGAAAAGCGAAAAAUCGGACAAGAAGUGGAGUAAUGAAUAAAGUAGACACCGAAGAAGAAGGGAAACCGAUGAUUAUUCAGAUUACUCAAGUCCCGAAAGGAACUAUGGGCGGUCGCGGGAUGAUCUCCAUAGGUCAUCGCACAGAGACGACCGUUACCAUAAAAAACGGGAGGACAGAGACCACAAAGAAACACCUUAUGAACCAUCUCAAGAUGAAAGUGGGAGCGAUCAUGAAGUUGAUAGGAAGUAUCCAGAUGGCAGAGGGCGUAGGAGACAUCGACGCCAUAGCCCCGACCCCCAUUAUGACUAUUACCAUGAUGAUCCAAGACAUUAUUCAGGCCACAGUAGGCACUCAAGGCAUUACGAAUAUGAUGAUCGAUACUAUAAAAAUCGGUCUCGACCAUCUAGUCGAACUGAAUCAGAUUAUCGGCGCAUGUAUCCAAUGUAUGACCCUAGGGCAUCGCAAACAACAAGAGAAAAGGGACAGGACGAUAUAUGGGAAAAUAAAAACAAAAGGGACCGAAAAGUGGAUCUCGGGAAUAAUGCAAACAGUGAGGCCACCUUCUUCCUCGGCAACAAUAGUGUUAAUACGAGACAUACCGUGGGUCAUUUCCAGUCAUCAUCACAUUCGACGUGGGGUAUAUCCCCGACAGGAAUGAAAAAGGAAUUCGCCGCAGGCUCUGGAUUCGUUUCCAUUUGAUACUGAAACAAUCAAUAGGAUACGGUUUUCAUGGUUUACUGCGUUAGACCCAACCAGCAAGAGAGCUAAAUGGACCAAUAAACCGUGCAUAUGAGCCUGGUUGAGUUUCUGCGUGUGCAUCCAGUCAAGCAGCAGCCACUCGUCAUCUUCAACUUUUUAAAAUAAUUUCCUAGGGUAGAUUUUUUCUUUAGCUCAUCACCAUUGAAUUCUGAAAGUUUAUUUUUGAAAUUUUUGUAUUUUUUUCAAAAAAAAAAA